AUUCUAUUUUUUUUUUAAUUUUUUUUGCCCUCUUUCUAAUAUUCUGAGCUUCGAGUUCUCCGUCUUUCUUGGAGAAGAAACAAAUGGUCAUUGUUUUGCCAACCAACUCACCCACUUCUUCUAAAGCAGGGAUUCCUACUUUAUGCGAAUGUAGAUCUCUGCCAUGGACAUUGCUCUUUCUGGUUCUUCAGUUUCACACUCCCUAUUUUCCUCUUCCUCUUCCUCUUCCUCUCACCAGCGCCAGAGGAGCUUCUUCAAGACCUCAGAUAUCUUUGAGAUUAAGCUGAAAACAAGAAAAAUGGAGCAUACCCAUUUGAAAUUGUCCACCACUGUUAACUGCUGCUCUGGGCUCACUCAGGAAGUUGAAAAUAACAAAGUCAAUGUUGUAAUAGAAACAGAAAAGAGGCACGACAUAUUUGAGGAAAUCAAACAUCGAUUUUUGAGCUUUAAAAGGAAUACAUAUAUGAAAAAUUUAGAACAUUUUCAGCGUCUUUCUGAUGCUCAAUCUCCAAAUUUUUUGGUGAUUUCUUGUGCAGAUUCUAGAGUUUGUCCCUCAAACGUUUUGGGUUUCCAACCUGGAGAAGCAUUUCUUGUUCGAAAUAUAGCAAACUUGGUUAUACCUUUUGAGAACGGACCAUCAGAAACACAAGCUGCACUGCAGUUUUCUGUUAACACGCUCGAAGUUGAAAACAUUUUCGUCAUUGGUCAUAGCUGUUGUGGAGGCAUUCGUGCACUUAUGAGCAUGCAAGAUGAAAAACCGAGCUGUUUCAUCACAAAUUGGGUUAUUAAUGGGAAAAGUGCAAAAAUAAGGACAAAGGCUGCUGCUUCCACUCUCAACUUUGAUCAGCAAUGCAAACGCUGUGAGAAGGAAUCGCUCAAUAAUUCAUUGCUGAACUUGCUGACAUACCCUUGGAUUGAAGAAAAGGUGAAGAAAGGUAAUCUUUCCAUUCACGGUGGUUACUACGACUUUGUCGAUUGUACGUUCGAGAAAUGGACUCUGGAUUACGAAGCAAGCAGCUUUAACGAGGAAACGCGCAGACUGGCUGUAAAAAAUCGAGAAUUUUGGUCCUAGCUUUUCUUAAAGUAUGCUUUCCUCUUCUCUUUAUAAUGUUCCUUACAAUUUGGUUUUCAAGUAUGCCUUUGAAGCCUUGUCUAAGCCUUAAUGAUAGACAUGAAAGAAUAAUUUGCCUAUGUGCCAAGAUUGAGUUCGGAAAAAUGGACUGCUGCUUUUGUGCUUGUAUACAACUUCCAUUUUGUACUUCAUUUUUACUAUAUGCAGAUAAUGGACUUCUAGGACUAA